AUGUCGGAGUUACUCACUGCAGCCACGGAGGAGUCCACUGUACUUACCAACUCACUUGCCAACUCAGGGACUAAGUGGCAUUUCAACCCACCUGCUGCACCACAUUUUGGAGGUCAAUGGGAGGCCGGAGUUGAAUCGGUAAAACACCAUCUACGCCGCGUCAUUGGCGAACAACUGCUCACUUUUGAGGAAAUGACGACAUUGUUGACUCAGAUUGAAGCAAUUCUGAAUACAAGGCCGCUCUGUGAGAUUACUGAAGACCCAGAUGAUCUCACCAUGUUAACUCCAGGGCACUUUCUCAUCGUUGAGGCGCCUUAUCUGCUGCCUGAGCCCAUGCUAGAGGGAGAACAGAUCAACCGCCUAUCACUAUACUAG